ACACAGGAAGUAUUAGAGUUAGAACUCAAGGAAAUGCGGGAUGCUGAUGCUACUUAUGGAGAACUUCCGUUAAACUUUAUUUUGAAAGCCCCUGGUUCUGAACCGGAAGUUGGUUUUGCUAGCGUUGCCCUCCCGACCCUCCGCUUCUCGUUCUGUUACACACAAUGCCAACAAAAAGUGGUCAUCACACAAUCCCUGACUAUGACGGCCUAGAGGAUGAAGCUUUCCCUCCGCUCCCACCACCUGACUCCCCAGGCCAGGCAGCACAAGACGAUGCAGACCCCUUUGGAAAUGGAGAGGCGUCCCAGCUCGCCGAGGUCCCUGCUGCUAAAAGGAGGGGAGUGAAGAGACCACAGCCCAAGUUGGAUGCUCAGAGGCUAAUCUCAGAAAGAGGGCUUCCUGCUCUGAGAACGCUGUUUGAAAAUGUGCAUUUUAAAGGCAAAGGACAUGAGGCUGAGAACCUGCGGCUGCUAAUGCAGAAGAUGGAGAACUGGGCCCACAGGUUGUACCCUAAACUACAGUUUGAAGGCUUUAUUGACAAAGUGGAGAAGCUCGGGCAGAAGAAGGAAGUGCAGACUUGUCUGAAACGUAUACGACUGGACAUGCCUCUGACACAUGAAGACCUUCUAGGUGAAGAUGUGGCAGCGCCUGAAAUGCAAAUAUUUGGGGAUCCUGAUGUCUCUGGAGGAGGGGCCUUCUUUACUGACCCAGGACCAGUCCACUCCACACCAGCACCCUCCCUGACGGAGGAGCAGCGCAGACGCAUGGAGCUGAACAGGCAGCGGGCCAUGGAGAGGAGGUUCGCCCGCCAGCAGCAGCAGACAGACCUGUCAGAGUCCCAGACUAUGACAUCUACACCAGCAGAUGGACUCAAAUCUGUUUCUUCUGCAAACGCCCUGAACACUUCUAUCAAUCAGGAAGAGAAAGUGGAGGACUUAAAUGGGCCGGUCGACAGCCGCGUUGAACCAGCAGACAAUAACCCUGUACACACAGACUCUGAGCCUUUAGCUGAGUCCACAGUGUGUAAGGAAGCAAAAGAGAUGAGUUUGAGCCCCGGACACCAAGGCAGCAACACGUGUGAGGAUGGAGAUUAAUGCUGAAGUGCUUAGGCUUCACCACAAGGCCUGAAAGCUUGACAGCAAGCAUUCGUGGGAGAAUUGUGUUUGAUAAGUGGAAACAGUCAACUUCAAGCCCAGGCCUGUGUUUUCAUGUUGGUUCCACAUGUGAUGUUUUACCUUGUUAGGAUAUUUCAAACACAUUCCACAGUUCCUCUUACAGCAUUUCUGGUUCCGUGUUUGACAUAGUAUAGUUAGUGUUUUCAAAUCAAUAAACAUUUACUUCCUAA